AUGCCAUUCUCCCCUUUGGAUGCCACUUAUGGGCGUAGAAUAGAUAGGUUGCUUGAAACGGUCUUGGAUUUUCAAAAGUAUCACUCUACCUUGAACUUCAAGCUUCAGAGUCUUAGACGUCGGUUAAACCUUACUACAAGAGAUACAAAGAAAUAUUCAUCCAAAGAAAGGUAUUCGAAGAUUGAUAAGGAUGCUUAUUUGAAGAAUCGAGUUAUUGCGGUGUUGGUUCUGCUUCAUGCUGAGCGUGACAGUGCAUUUGUCGAAAUGUUGAAGUUGAGGGCUAGGCAACGGGGUAAGUUGAAGAAAUCUGAAAAGCGCCUGUUAACUACCAGACUAAAAAAGGCUGUCUCCACCUGUUCUAAGUUAUUGGAACUUACCGAAGACGAUGAUGAUUGGGAGAUUCGUGCAGAGCUUCAAAUAUAUGCCAAACUUGCAAUGGUAGAGUACUUAUUAAGCGGCAAGCACGCAAAGAGAAAGGAUUCGGAAACUAUUUCCCGUGAGCUUGCAGUGGUUUUCUUAGCAAUUAAGCAUUUGGAAGCAAAAAGGUUUGUAUCCAGUGAAAUUGCGGAUUAUGUUGUUUCACGUUACCAAUAUGCAUUGCAACAGCAUUCGCAGAGCUUCUCUGCAGCAGACGUACGGAACUUCUCGGUGCAGCAAGGCGCCAAUAAUAAAAAUGACCCUCUAAUGCAACUUCUGUUUGCCAAUGGAUACGAACUUCAUUCGGGAGACGUUCAGCUGGAUGACACUGCCCUUCCUGAUUCUGUUCACUGGCUGUCCUACAGCUGUCACAUCGGUAAUCCUAAAGUUGCACAGCUUUUCCACGAUGUCCAAAAUAUGGAGAUGGCAGGCCUUUCGGCUUACGACCAGAAGCUGCUCAAGUGGGAUCAGGUGAUCGCUGCCCAGAAAGAGUAUAUGGAUGAAGAAGACAACGAAAUGCAGGAACAAGACGGCCAAAUUUUACUAACGUACUUCAAAUACAGUAAGUACUUUACCGUUAUCCAGCGUGACAACAUUCUCUUUCAACAAUUGUGGAAACAGUGGUUGCAAUCGGGGAAAUCCAAUCAGAUAACAAAGUACAAGCAAUUGGAGCGUAUAGUAGGCAGCUGUACUUCUUAUCUUCUAGAGGUAAUGGAAUUGCCAGGUGUUUAUUCCGACGACAAAAUAAUGGCACAAUUGGAGCUCGCCAUAGCUUUCUACAAAGAACAUCUAGUUGGCGGCUGUCUGGCUCCUCUCUACGAGUCCCGUGGUAAAUAUCUGGAAGCUCUUGCUCUGUACAACAACUCUCUUAAAAAACUAAAUGCUGCCAAGGACGCCUUACAUGACGAGGACUUUACAUUACCUGGUCUUAAUCUCGCAGAGAAAACGCAGAGCUUCAUUCAGCAACUCCAGGAUAAAUGUCAAAACGUUUAUGCACUUGCAGAAUACUCAAAGGCUACACAGCAUCCUGCAUCAAAGUUCACUCCCUCACUGCUUGAAAAGCUCAGUGCUAACCUCGCCAUUACCUACAAGGAUAUUGACCUCGAUAACCUGUUCCCACUCAAUCCCCAAAUUAAACCCGUCUGCGCGAAGCCAUCGGUCCUCGACUUGGCCUUUAACUACAUUGAUGAAGCUGACUUGGAUGUUCCAUCGCAGCCAGAAACUGACCUACGUGUAAGUGAUGAGCCAUCGUCAAAAAAGAAGAGUAUCUUCGGACUAUUAGGUCGCUGGAUUUAG